UUUGUUUUCUUGCUUAAACUUUUUUUUGAGGAGAAAGAGAAAAUAGUUGGUUACAAACAAAAUGGAGAAGGCAGUUCACUCAUCGACGACGUCUGGACCGGUGGUUCCAGGGGACGCAACGAAGACUGGAACUUCCAUAAUUGACACUGCUGCCUCCGCGGUUCAAAGUUUUGCUCCGGUUAACCAAAUCCACCAACAUCUCUGCGCGUUCCAUUUCUAUGCUGACGACAUGACACGACAAGUAGAAGCUCACCAUUUCUGUAGUCACGUGAACGAAGAGAUGCGUCAGUGUCUGAUCUACGACGGUCCGGAUGCAAACGCUCGUCUGAUAGGAUUGGAGUACAUAGUGACAGAGAAGCUGUUCAUGACUUUGCCUGACGAAGAGAAGAAGCUUUGGCACUCGCACGAGUGGGAAGUGAAAGGAGGUUUCUUGUUCAUGCCUGGUGUUCCUGGCGCCAUUCAACGUAAAGAUCUUGAUAAAGUCGCUAAGACUUAUGGCAAAGUUUUCCAUUUUUGGCAAGUUGAUUUGGGCCAUGAGCUUCCCCUUGGUUUACCUAAUAUCAUGAUGGCUGUUACCCGCGAUGGCCAGCUUUUCCACGAGAUGAUUCAAGAGGCAGAGAAGCGGUUUGGAGUAUCAGUAGAGGGGGAGAGGGAGGCAAGGGAGUAUAUGACAGGGCCAGAGCUUGGGAUCCAUCCACUGGCCAAUGGAGGAGGAAAAGGGAUGAAACUAGAAGUUAGAGAAGUCGAAAUCAAGCCGGUUUAGCCUGUUGCCAAAGUCUUCUUCUGAUUAUUACUUAAACCGUCUACUAAUAAUGCCACA